ACGUGGGCCUAGUCGAGGGAGGAGAGCCGUCGAGUCGAGUGGGCGACCAAUGGGCGGGCAGAGUAUCCCGACGGGGCGCGAGCAUCGGCCGCUGGUUCUGGAUUGCGUGCGUGGGAACUGGAGGGCAGGCGUAGGUAACGAGGAGCCCUCGGGCCUGCGAACACGCUGCCGCGGCCGACGAUAAAACGCAGUUGCGAGUCGCGAGCGUCGCCGUCGUCGUGGCGUCGUGGCGGCGGUGAUGAUGUUUACCACCGGGGCACUUGGCUCUUUAUAGACGAGGCGAGCGUAGCGUCGGGGGGUGGGGGGACGCGCGUAGUGCGGGACAGUUUGCCUCGCGGCUGCUAGUGCUCGGGACGUGACGAGCGGAACGGUGCGCGUCGAUAAGGAGCCCCCGAUAAUCCGACACUUAAUUGUAUAAAGACUGGCUGUUAAAAUAGGAGGGGCCGACAGCCCCUCGUUUACAACAGCAUAAGCUUCGGUUACAUUAGGCACUCCUAGUGCUUUGUGACCCUCUGUUUAUCUUGCAGUUUUAUUCUCCUCUUACUGUCCUUUCUACGAUGUCUCUUGAUCCCUGUGUCCUAUAUCUCCCUGUGCAAUCAGCUAUGAGAGUUAAGGAUUGCCGGGGUUGACUGGGUUAUUGAGAGGGGCAGGCAUUGUUUCCAGCGUUGAUUUGGAUAAUAGGCAGUGGAAUGUGCAUUGCCCUUGGGUACGCUGAGAUCUAGAAGCCUGUAGAGAUGCAGAGUUCGGGGCAAGACUCGAGUUCCAUCGAGCAGCUGGCCAAAGAAGGACAGGCGAGAGAAUGCUGCGAGGCCAGUUGAAAGAUUUUUCAUCCUGGAUGGUUUGCCUUCGCCCAGAGCCAUUAGAGUCCAAUAUGUUUGGCUCUAAAACGAGUGGCACCAGCACGUUUUACACAGAUUUACAUAUCACGGAUGAGAAGGAGAUUACGUCAAUUCAAGUGGAAAAGACUGUAAAUAGAAAUUCUCGAUUAUUGGAGCAACAAAGCGCAGCUAGCGAAGAUGGCAAUUCACAAGAUUCUGACUCUGUCGGUGGACAGGAAGAGCAAACUCAGUACCCUAGACAUUCCUUCCAUAGAAUUGCUAGUUUCGGUGGUUUUCCUAGAUUCAGGCUUUUUGUUAUGUCAACAGCCACUCCAACAGUUUGUACAGAAUCUAAUGAAACCGAGGAAAGUACGAUCGAAUCAUCUUUUACGAGUAUGUCACACAGUGUUCUGGAAUAUCGAAGUAGCAGAUACGUGGUUGCGGAGAAUUCUUUUCAAAGUGAUUAUGCUGUCAGCGAGUCGGAGAGCGACGAGGAAUCAGAAGAGACUAGAUCCUCGGAAACAGAUUCGGCUAUCGUUGCCGAUCAUGUGGAUGAUUUGUUGGUUGAACAUAAGUUGAAGUCGAAGAAAAAUGCCAGUGAAAUAAAAAGAAAGAAGACAAAGCACAUUGCAAACGAAUUGUUAAGCACUGAGAAAAAAUACGUCAUUAUUUUAUAUUUAAUCGAUCAGAUCUUUCAAUUUCGAGUUGAUCAGGAGAAUCGCGCGCAUCCAAUGUUCCCGCCCGAAACAGUUCAGCAUAUGUUUUCCAACAUAAAAUCAAUUUAUAAAUUUCACAAUGACUUUCUAUUACCGCAAUUGGAGGAGAGAAUAGAAGCGUGGGAUGCCGAUCCAAGGAUAGGCGAUAUUAUGAAGAAUUUUGCCCCAUUCUUGAAAAUGUACACCGAGUACGUUAAAAACUUCGAUCAUGCCAUAAAUCUCAUAAGCACAUUGCAACAGAAAGUUCCAAGAUUCGCUGCCAUAAUAAGCGAAAUUCAAAAAUUGGAAGAAUGCGCAAAGCUUUCUUUAGCCCAUCACAUGCUCAGCCCCAUUCAAAGAUUGCCGAGAUACGAGUUAUUGCUAAAAGAUUACUUGAAGAAUCUUGUUAAAGAUAAUCCUGAUUAUGAAGAUACCAAAAAAGCCCUAGAAUUAGUAUCAACAGCAGCGAAUCACACAAACGAAGCUAUGAAAAAGAUCGAUAAAUUCAAAAAGCUCCUGGAGAUCCAAGAAAGUAUUUACGAUUCCACCGAUCUAGUCAGUGCGACGCGCGAGCUCGUCAAAGAAGGAAGAAUCGUUAAGAUUUCAGCAAGAAGUGGCGAUCACCAAGAAAGACACAUGUUCCUAUUUAGCGAUAUCCUGCUGCUGUGCUCGCUACGGCUGAUUCCGGGUCCUCUGUACCGGCUGCGCGCCAGAUUCUCAAUGGAGAACCUCCAAGUGAUCGAGGGAGACAACCUCGAGACGGCCAACACGUUCUAUCUGCGGGACGAAAACAAGAGCUACACGGAUUCCGUUACGGAGAAAGCCGCCUGGCUCGACGCCCUCUUCGAGACUAUGCAGGAAAUCAUGAGGCGCAAGGCGAGCCUCAAGACCAGUGGCCCCAAGACGGCCAUACUCAAGGCCGACGACGUCACCCGGUGCAUGGUCUGCGAGGUCAUAUUCUCCGUCAUGAAGAGGAAGCACAACUGUCGGGCAUGCGGAAUCGUCGUUUGCAGCAAAUGCUCGAAUCAGAAGUUGAUGUUCGAGGACAAUAAGCAGAUGCGCGUCUGCCGGCUCUGCCACGCCGCCCUGACGCAGCCCAUGAGCAAGUCCUCGCCCUCCUCGCCCAAUGGCCCCGCGCCCAGUCUGCUCCAGGUCGCGGCCGGGGCGGCCUCCGUCCUCUCCGGCUACCUUCUCCUUAAGACCCAGGCGAGCAAGCCCUGGACGAGGCGUUGGUUCGCCCUCCACGUUGAUUUUGUCCUUUACACGUUCAAGACGGAGAGCGAGCGAACGGCGAUGACUGCCACACCCAUGCCCGGCUUCACCGUCACCGAGGGUACAGACCUCCCCGACGAGGAUCCCCUCAACACGAAGGAUCGCAUCCGGGCCUUUAAAAUACAUCACUCGCGCAAGUCCUACUAUCUUCAGGCUUCGUCGCAAUCGGACAAGGAGAGAUGGCUUAACGCAUUACAGUUAGCCACGAAAGCCGAAUUGCCUCAGUCCAUGAACGAAGCUAAAAGCGCACAACACGACAGUCAAUAAUACCAUGCCGAAGACGGAAACUAUAAAGUAUUCUGCACUGUAUUAAGCAACUUAGCCAAUUUCCAUAGAGCGUAAAGAGACAUUAAUGUCGAAACAAUGUAGCACAUAAGUGUUGGUAAAUAGUCUUACAAUUAAGUAUUGUUAAAUUAUGUCCUUUUUAAAAUGAUCAUUAUUAUAGGACAAUAUUAAAAUCGUACAUACGUGAUAGAUUUUUAGACAAAAUGUGGUCGUGUCGCGUAUGU